AGCAACCCACCUCGCACCUGCUGUCUCCCGAAAAGCCCACGUCAGGACACGCCGUACGUGGGGAUUCCUAAGGAUUACCCGGCGUGCCCCGCGGGAAAGAUGGCGGUCGAGAAGGAAAGAAGGAGAUAAACUUUAUAUUGCAACAAAAACAGCAAUAUCAUUAUCCGAAACAGACAGCGAGAGUCUUUUCUAGCCGAUAAGUGUAUUCUCGGAUAACCCGCGCCCUCACACUCGGUCACUCGUCGCAGACCGAAAGCAUAAAUCUGUGCUGCUCCGCUAGCAAGGGCUAGCCAGGAAAGGAACUGCGGUUUGUGUGUGCUCAAGAGGAAAAUAGAGGAUAAAGUUUAUUACCACGGACGCAAAGUGGGGUGCUGUUUUGGAAGCACAUACGGUUAUUACGCAAGUGUGAGGACAAGAAAGCUCUGCGGCGUCGUCUGUCUCGCGUGUCCUGAUUGGAGGAGAGCAAGAGGAGGAAGAGGCUUCGGACGCACUCGCCAGCAGGAUUGGGUUUCCGUAGCGACCGCAGAGACGCAGUGGUGCCCAUGCCUCGGAACCUUCCAGUCCCAGCAGCCGAGAAUGCCGCGGGAGUGAAGACUUGUGGAUGAAGACGCUGUCUGCAGAACAGCUUGGAAUUUGGGACUAAACGGACCCCACGAGAGGACCCCCCCACCACCACCGUGCCAUCCAUCGCGUCGUUGCCGUAGCGACCGGGCAGCAUGACGAGCGCGGGUCCCGCCAGGAAGCCGUACCGCAAGGCCCCCCCCCAGCACCGCGAGAAUCGCCACGGCAACCCCGUCUUCCGCGAUGACCUCCCCCCCGCCGGACCCCCGCUGACCAGCGCCGCCCAGGCAACCGAGCCCUCCUGCCAGGAGUCCCUAUCAGACUCUGACAGGAUCAAGAUCCUGCAGCAGCAGAAUGAGGACCUGCGGCGGCGGCUGACUCAGACCACACACAAGAUGGAGGCCAUGGAGACGGAGCUGGAGAACACACACCACUACAUGCAGGCAGAGAUGGGGCGCACCCGCGACGACCUCGACAAGAUGAGGGACAAGUUCCGCAGACUCCAGAACAGCUACACUGCCUCUCAGAGGGCCAACCAGGAGCUGGAGGAGAAACUACACGCUCUGCUGCGUAAGGUGGAGCGGGAUAAGAAGACGAUGGACCAGGAGAUCGUGGAGCUCACCAACAAGCUGCUCGACGCCAAGAACACCAUCGACAAACUGGAGGAGCUCAAUGAACGUUAUCGGCAGGAUUGUAAUUUGGCGGUGCAGCUGUUGAAGUGCAACAAGUCUCAUUUCCGAAACCACAAGUUUGCCGACCUGCCGUACGAGCUCCAGGAGAUGGUGAACAAGCACAUGAAGUCUCUGCCGGACCAGAGUGGCAGGUCGCCUGGGCAGUGCCCGCUGGAGGCGGACGCUCUGAGCCUGACGGCGGCGGACGUGGUGCCCACCUCGCUGAUCGCUCGCGUGCUGGAGAAGCCCGAGCCGCUCGUGCUCAACUCCGCCCAGAGCAGCAGCCGCGCCGGCCGCCCCGUGGCCGAGGACGUCUUCGUGCACGUGGACAUGACCGGACCGGCCGCCAACGAGCGCCAACGCAGCAGCGGGCACCAGAACGGAGCGCUGCAGCUCAACGGCUCGUGUGGGCGGCAGGGCAGUCUGGACGCUCCAGCGGUCAUCUCCUCGGAGGAGGCGGGGGGGGGAGGGGGAGGGGGAGGGGGGGCGGCGUUUGAGAAGCUGAACCCGUACCCAGCGCCCCUCCCCCCCGCCCACACACACGCCCACGCCCUCUACCCGGGCCGCAAGGUCAUCGAGUUCUCGUCGGACGACAAGGUGAAGAUCCCCAAGAACAGCCCGCUGCCCAACUGCACGUACGCCACGCGGCAGGCCAUCUCCCUCUCGCUGGUGCAGAGCGAGGACGAGCGAGCGGUCAGCAACACCUCCAACACCUCCUCCGCGUCCCCAGGCAGCCCCGGGGGGGGGGGGUCCGAGGGGGGGGGGUGGCGCUCCGGAGCGUCCAGCUCGUCUGGCGGCGGCAGCAGUAGCCACCCCUCGUCCUCUCACCACCAGCACCAGCGCCAGACGGGCACAGGCACAGGCCCGGGCACCCCUCCCCACGCCGACCCCGACCCCGACGCUGACGCCACUGACCCCUCCGAGCUGCCGUCCAGCCAGUCCAGCCCCUUCAGCAGCCCGCCGCACCCCCCAAGCGCCUUCGCCAGCUCUGCGGGCAGCUCGGAGGAGGAGGAGGACCUGCUGGCCAGCUGGCAGCGCAUGUUCGUGGAGAAGAGGGCACCGGCGGGGGCGUCCGAGAGCAACCGCACGCUGACCAACCGCACGCUGGCGUUUAGUAGCCACUCAGCGGCCAUCGCGCUCACACGCAGCAGCAGCGGCGGAGCCCCCGCGGGGCACGGGAGGGUGGGGGGGUCGGGGGGGUCCCGCGGCGCCUACUCGGACGGGGAGGACGGCUCGUCCACGCGCAGCUGGAGCGCCAGCAGAGGGUCCAGUCUGGACACGGACACCACGGGCAGCCUGGCGGAGCUGCAGCUGCAGGCCAGGAGGGGGCAGUACGGAGCGCACUUCUCCGCGGAGGAGGGGGAGGGGCUUCUGAUGGGGCUGGAGCCGCCGGAGGGGGGGGACGACGGGAGCGGAGACACGGCCGUUACCCUGGAGACCAGCCCGCAGGUGGCCGAGCGCCAGGACUUCCUGGACGAGGAGGAAGAGGCGGGGUCAGCCGGCAGCUCUGCGGAGGAGCGUGACGUCGUGCCGCAGGACUUCCCCCCACUGCCCCCCCGCCUGCUGGCCGGCCUGGAGGACUACGCCGCCCAGACGACCCCCCCACCCCCGCCCCCACCCCCCCACGCCCACGCCCACGCCCUCACCGGCCUCUCCGUCACCCCCCCCACACACACACACACACACACACACACACGCCCCCUCAAGAGCCCCAAGAGGAUGGGCGUCCACCACCUGCACCGCAAGGACAGCCUGACCAGAGCACAGGAGCACGGCAACCUGCUGGACUAGUGACCACACACACACACACACACACACACACACACACACACACACACACACACACACGCGCGCGCGCACACACACACCGCAAGGACAGCCU